GUGCGGAGGACCUGCAGAUUCUCCUUGAAUCAGCCGUGACGGUGCAGCGCGGGGAGAGUCGGCCGCCGAGCCGAACCGCGGGCCUCAGAGGGAACGCGAGCAGCGGCUCCCAGAUAGAAACCAGGAAACUAUUGAGGCCGAGUGGGAAAUUCUCACGAGUCAGGUUUGGAUCUCGAAGUCAUUCGGCCUGCAGCUGGUGCACGGACAUGGAGGUCCACGGCGUCUGGGUUGAUGCCCUGAGGCUGGGCCUUCCACGCACAGCCUUCGAGCUGAUCGCCACACUACUGCUUGUUGUGAGGUCUGCUCAGGCCUUGGAGAUGUCCGUAGGCAAGAUUCCCUUCUUGGAGGCCGUCAACGGCAGCACAGUCGUGUUGCCCUGCACGUAUUCCAGCUGCAUUGGCAUUGAGAACCUUUACUUUAGAUGGCAGUUCAAUGACAACGGCACCAUGCAAAGAGUGUGUGACGCAGUGAUACCGUCCGAGGGGGUGGUGCCAAAGGUGAAGAUGUAUAAAGAGCGGUUCGAAUUUGUGGGGAAGAACCGGAACAACAACAUUUCCAUCUUGUUGUGGAACAUCACCUUCGAGGAUGGAGGCCAGUACACUUGCUUUGGACGCAACCCCAAAGAAAAGGACAAGAACCACAGCGCCAUCUUCAAACUGAUUGUCGUGGACGAGUUGAGGGAAGUGGACAACACGCUGACGAUCAUCAUAGCCUCUGCUGUGGGCGGAGCCAUCGCCCUGCUCAUGGGCUUCAUGCUGCUGAAGAACUUCACUCUCUUUGUUCUCGCCAAGCUCGAGGAGAAAAAUAAGGAGUGCCUUGUAACUUCGUCGGGGAUCGACAACACAGAAAAUGGCCUCUCAGGAUCUAAAGUGGAUUCAAAACCCAAACCUCCCAAACAGAAAUGAGGAGGCGCAUGCAUUUGAAACCGCAGGCGAGUGCUCAUAUUCAUAAGCCUUCAUUGCAGAAUUGUACUGUACAAAGUACGCUAUGUUUCAACAAACAAAAAACAAACAAAAAAGUGCGUGGCUGCCUCUGUUUUUCAAAUGUACAUGCAAUACAUAGGAUCUAAGAUUUUAGCUGCUUUGUCAAAUGUGCACACUUUUACGCCUGCAAAACGCAACCAAAGACACUUCUCUUCAAUAUUUAGACUUCCUUUAAUUUGUCAAAGUCAAAAUAUGUCCAAGGUUUUCGGUCGCUUAUGAUAAACACGUGGCUUUACUCAUCAUCAUCAUUGGUAAAGUGACAUUUGUUUACAUGGCAAGUCAUUUAAUUGUGAAGGCUUACGAUUCAAAGGCGAGCGUGGUAGUUUAACGAGUCUUUUACUGUGUGAUGACACAGCAUAGGCACUGUU